AUUGAUGUAUGACAUAUCGUGGUGAAAAGAAGGCCAUUAAAAUUUUUUGCAGAAAUAUUCGCAAUAUAUACGCUGAAAACUAUAAAUAACUGAUGUUCCAAUUAAUUAACACACUAAUUUAAUAGGUACCUACCUAGCCGUCGAGUAGAACGCACCUGUAUACGUUUGGGAGGUGUAUCUGUAAUAAUAUACAUUUUCGUUUUCGGAAGUAAAAUCUUUUAAUUCCAUUAUUAUUAUUUGUAGAAGGAGUUUUAGUGUAUUUCAACGAAUUUUCAGUCAGUUUUUACGAUUUAUAACGAAAACAUGAAGUCGACGGCUGCCGUAACGUUCUCCCAGAUCUGUGCGUUGUACGUGGUACUCAGAUGCAGUCCAGCGUCGACUGCACCACACAUGAGCACGGCAGUAGUGCUGGACCAAUACAGGUUGAAUUCACACACGACCAUCAAACCAUAUUAUGCCUCUUAUUCUUAUAACAACAUCCUACCGUAUAUAGUUGGUGAACCCAGACAGCUGAAAACUCUCGACCAGAAAAUUGAGGAAAAUAUUUCGGCCACGGCUUCGGAUACGCCACCUGUUAUUAUCGGUGUAAUUAACGAUGAUAAGACAAAGAACUACGAUUACAAUAAUUGGUCUAAACAGGUGGACCUCGCAUACGAUCAGUUGCAAUCAUUGUUAGAAGCUUUGACUUCUGCGAAAAGUAAAAUUAAAGCCAUGUCGAUGAGGACAAAGCAAUCUUUCGGGGAAGAACUUACCACUAACUCGUUCAGCGAUUUAGUCACAACUGAAAUUCCACAUACAAGGCACCAGAGUACGACAAAUAUGACUGCAGUGUGGCUGCAUUUCACAGCCGAAUCUACGAAUGUAUCGACACCCUGGCCGCCAACGACAACUACCAUCAUGCCCUACACUACGACUACACAAAUGCCGAUCACCACGACUAUGCAAAGCCCAAAACAGAAUAAAUUUAUAUGCACUUUAUGUGUUAUCAUUGUAAAUGAAUAAAAAAAAAUAUAGGACAUUAACAUAUUGUUCUGUGAUAUAAUUGCAGUUACUACCACUGGUAUGCAUAAUGUACAAUAUAAUAUUCUACUCAAAAAG